AGGAAACAUCCCACGAAAGCCAUGGGCCGAGAACAAUCUUUAUAAAGACACAUAGUUUGUCCUUUGCUUACUGUAUAUUUUAGGAUUGCUGGUCAACUCGAUAAACUAGUUGCUACAUAUCUCGCGCAUUUAUAGCUUCCUUUCGCUGCCAAUAGGUGAGCCCAAAUGGAUCCCGAAACCUCACGACCACCAAUGGUGGACGACUAUAUGCCAACGUUCUACGUUGGGCACCAUGAAGCCGGGAGAGCUCUACCAAUUUCGGAGAGAACCUUGCGUCAAGGACAGGAUGUUGGGUAUGAUAUGCUUACAAGUCCAAUAACCACACCGCACUUUCACUCACGAGUUCUCUCCCUCCUAUCAAACCAGCUCGAAUUAUAUAAGUCUGCCGACUCUUCUUCGAAUGAGCUACCUCCACCGAUACUGCCGCCCUUCAACUCGGCAGAUACUCCGUUGGGACCUGGAGAGACGGUCAGCCAGCUGGUUGGCUACUGUAGCUCAUGGAUCGACCUGGGAUCCCCGGAUCCCUUGAUCUCCAAUAUAUCUCGGCAAGUCCUGACUAUGGAAGUUGCGUUUGCCUCUUUCUGCGGCGUCACCAACAUCAUUAUACCCGGGCCUCGCCAGUAUAACAGCAGCACAGCCACCGCCGAUGGAUUGGCCCGAUAUGCUCGCGCCGUACAAGAGGCCCUCGGCGUUGCCGGUUAUGUCCAUGUGGCCAUACAUAUCCCUAUGUAUCCCCAGAAAGACAGCACCGCUAUCCCUCUUCUAGGCGACAUGAAACCUUUCACUAGAGCCGAAUAUAUAUCAGAUGAUUCCGAUGAAGAUGAGGAGCUAUUCGACAGCUGGGAUGCGUGGAACGUCAUUCGAAGUGUGUGUAAAUACAACUCAAGGCUAUCCGUAGCACUUGCUAUACCUCGCCAGCUUCCAACUGAAGCAUUGCAAUCUCGCUGGUAUGCUGAGCCUUUGCGAUUGCUCUCAUUUAAUGCUUCUACCUUCUUGAAAAACAAGGGCGGCCACCCAGUCCUUGGGAAGGGCCACCAGACUCUCAUUUCUCGAUAUAUGCGCCUGAAGCAUGCGCCAUGGCUUUUACUCUGUGAUAUUGGGCCAAUCCCGGACGUUGAGCCCUACGAGCCAUAUCCUGUGGCGGACGGCUUCCCUUCCCCAAGUGUUACCACAGACGCAUCGGGGGCACCGAUGCCUCAGGUGGCCGACCUCAAUUCUCUGAUCAAGCGCGAAAGCCAGAAUUCCAAGUCCAAGGCAAAGGAUCAAACGGCUCACCUCAUUUACCUCCGCUACCUCCAACGUAACCAGCCUCCCAGGUCUGUGAUUGAACGUUUCGGGUCCGGGUACCAGGAUUACUUGCAAGCCCCGUUGCAGCCGCUAGCUGACAACCUCGAGUCUGUGACCUACGAAGUCUUUGAGAAAGAUCCUAUCAAGUACGACUGGUACGAGCGCGCCAUUGCGCUUGCGCUCACAGACUGGAAGGCCUUGAACAAGCCCACAUCCUCCGCAUCUGGCGCUGUGGUCCUCGCGGUAGCUGGCUCUGGCCGCGGACCACUCGUCACAAGAGCACUGAGAGCAUCUGCCAAAACAGGCAUCCCAAUCGAGGCAUGGGCGGUGGAGAAGAACCCAAAUGCCUAUGUGCUCCUCCAGCGCCACAACGAAGAGGACUGGGACAACGCUGUGAAUGUUGUCAAAUCGGAUAUGCGAGCCUGGAAAGGUCCGCUUCGCCGGUCAGGCAAGACGGCGGAUUCCGGUUCAUCUGAAGCACAGCUCCCGACAUAUGGAAAGGUCGACAUCAUCGUGUCGGAGCUUCUUGGGUCUUUCGCUGACAACGAGUUGAGCCCCGAGUGCCUUGAUGGCGUGCAGCACGUUCUAGCUCCGGAGUUUGGAAUCUCUAUCCCAAGCAGCUACACGGCGCAUCUCUCACCGGUUCUCGCUCCGCGUCUCCACGCAGACAUCUCUCACCGUGCUGUCAACGACGCGGAUGCAACGGAUACGCCUUACGUUGUCAUGCUUCAUGCGAUUGACUUCCUGGCCACCUCCGUCCCUGACCACCCCCGCAUUCAGCAAGCAUGGGAGUUUGUGCAUCCGCUUCCUGCAGCCACUCUUGAGUUGGCUGAGGCGCGGCGACAGGGUGGUGUGAGCGGUGGCGGCGGUGGUAGUAUGGCGGGUGGAGAUGGGGCGAAUGAGCAUAAUGCGAGAUACUCGAGAUGUAAAUUCGUAUGCCUGAACAGGGGUAUGGUUCACGGUAUUGCGGGAUAUUUCGAGACUGUGCUUUACGACGGACGGAGGAAAUCCGCAACUGGUGAGCAGGUGGGGGAGAUUGUGGAGUUGAGCACGAGGCCGGAUACCAUCGAUGCGAAGAGCAAGGAUAUGAUCAGUUGGUUUCCGAUAUAUUUCCCGUUGAAGAACCCGCUACACGUUCCAGAUGAUGCAGAGGUUGAAGUUAGCAUCUGGAGACAGACGGAUGAUAGGAAGGUGUGGUAUGAGUGGAUUGUGGAGGCUUUCAUUAUGACCGGGCCCCGAAAGCGACUCAGAGUCGGCAUCAGCGAUGUAGGCAGUAGCCGCAAGCAAGGAUGCUUGAUGUAGACGAGGGCCAUAUUUACGAAAAUAUCAUGACAAAUCAUACGGCUGAGGAUUGAUACCAG